GCAGGCGGGGCCUGGGGCCGCGAGGAGCGGGGGUCCGGAGGAGCGCGGGGGCUCUCCCCGCGGCGCUGCCAUGAGCCGCAGCCGCCCGGCGCUGCUGGCCCUCGGGGCGCUGCUCGCCUGCGCCCUCGUCCUGCUGCUGCCCGCCGCCCGCCGCCGCCCCCCGGCCCCGGGCCGCGGCGCCCCGGCCAACAGCACGGUGCGGAGGGGGACGGCGGCUGGGACCGACCCCGCCGUCGCCUACCGGGAGGCAGCCGGGCCCCGCGCCCCCGGCCCCGGCAGGCCGGACGUCCUGUUCCUGCACGGCCAGGCCUUCACCUCCGCCACCUGGGAGGCCUUGGGGACGCUGGCGCUGCUCGCCGGAGAAGGGCACCGUGCGGUCGCGAUAGAUCUGCCCGGCUAUGGGGACUCGCCCCCCACGGGGACGGUGGCCACGCAGCAGGGCCGGGUGGCCUUCCUGGAGCGCAUCGUGGAGGAGCUGGGCCUGCGGAGGCCCGUCCUCGUCAGCCCGUCCAUGAGCGGCCGCUUUGCCCUGCCCUUCCUCCUGCUGCGCGGGGACCGCCUGGCGGGCUUCGUGCCCAUUGCGCCCGUGGGCACCCGGGACUAUGCCGUGGGGCAGUACCAGCAGGUCCAGACGCCCACCCUGAUCCUGUACGGUGACCGUGACACCGGCCUGGGCCACCAGGCCCUGCAGAGCCUCCGGCACCUCCCCAGGCACCGUGUGGUCGUGCUGCCUGACGCUGGCCACGCCUGCUACCUGGACAAGCCGGGGGACUUCCACCGGGCGCUGCUGGGCUUCCUCGGCCAGCUGCAGUGAGCGAUGUCCCCACGGAGCGGAGGAUGGCGGGGUGGUGGCGCCCUGCUUUGUCACACAGCUGGGCCGUUCGUCCCCGUACCAUGCUGGGCGGCAGCGUGCCCGGCCCUGAGAGACAGCAGGGAGCUGGGGGGAUUCUCCGAACAGCACCCGCUCUGCAGCAGCACCUGCCCGGGAUCCAGAGGUUCCACGUCGCUUUGCCGAAUUUUGAGAGACGCCACGGGGCAUUCCCAGGGGGCUGCCCGCUGUCCUGGGCAGGUGCCCCCGGUGUCCCCCUCCCGGGCACCAUGGCUCUGAGCGCCGUGGCUUGGGGUGAUGGGGACGGGACGGGACGCGGCCGUUGUCUUUUGGGGUGCCCCCAAGGGGGCCGAGAACGUCGCCUGGAGGGGAGGGGGGACAGCACAUCUGGGGGCGACACGCGAGGCCAAUAAACCGAUCUGCUCCGGG